GCGCGGGGAAGAUGGCGGGCACGGAGAGUGGCGUGGGGAAGCGGUCCAAGGGUUUGGAGGUUGAGGACAGGAAGGUGGACUGGCGGCGCUGGAAGCAGGAGAGGAAAGCUGAGAAGAAGAAAUGGAAGGAAAUUAAGCUGCUGAAGAAACUGGAUAAACAGCGGAUGCGAGAGCUGGCAGAACAACAAGCCCAGACGCAGGAGGAACAGAAGGAGGACAGAGGCCGUCAGCACACGCUGAGCGUGGCCCUGCCCGGCUCCAUCCUCAACAACGCGCAGUCGCUGGAGCUGCGCACCUACCUGGCGGGACAGAUCGGCCGCGCAUGCGCCAUCUUCUGCGUGGACGAGAUCGUGGUGUUCGACGAGCACGGAGAGGAUGUGAAGAGUGUGGAGGGGGAUUUUGAAGGAAUUGGGAGGAAAGGCAAGGCUUGUGUGCAGCUGGCUCGGAUCCUGCAGUACUUGGAGUGCCCUCAGUACUUGAGGAAAUCCUUUUUUCCGAAACAUGCGGAUCUGCAGUUUGCAGGGCUGCUCAACCCCCUGGACAGCCCCCACCACAUGCGGGUGGACGAGGACUCGGAGUACCGGGAGGGCGUUGUGCUGGACCGGCCAACAAAGCCAGGCAGAGGCUCUUUUGUUAACUGUGGGAUGAGGAAGGAGGUGCAGAUUGACAAACAACUGAACCCUGGUCUGCGAGUCACCGUGCACCUGAAGGAGCCUCAGAAUCCAGAAGCCAAAGUGCAGAAAGGCACCGUGGUGUCCUCGCACCAUCCCCGGACAGUCUCAGGCUUGUACUGGGGUUACAGCGUCCGCCUGGCCUCCUGCUUGAGUGCUGUCUUUUCUGAGUGCCCAUUCAAGGAAGGCUACGAUCUCUCUAUUGGGACUUCAGAGCGGGGCAGCUCCGUGGACCAGGUCACUCUGCCCUCCUUCAGGCAUGCCCUUGUUGUGUUUGGAGGCCUUGAGGGCUUGGAAGCUGGGGUUGAUGUGGACCCAAAGUUGGAGGUCACUGACCCAAGUGUCUUGUUUGACUUCUACCUGAACACGUGUCCCAGCCAAGGCAGCAGAACCAUCCGGACAGAGGAAGCACUGCUCAUCUCUCUCUCUGCACUGAGACCACACAUUGAGGAGGCUGUGAAGACACCCAGAGACAGCUGAGGGAAUGGAAACCACUGACCUGCCCUUGGGGAGGUGGCUCUUCAAAGGUGGGGUGCUGGGCAAGUCACUGCAGGAGCGCAGCAGGACCAAGGCAGUGAGACUGGAGGUGGCAGUGCUGCCCAACCAGGCAUUCACUGCUGCUGGGAGCAGCAAGUCUGUGCCCUCCUGCCUGCAUGUCCAGCCAAGGGCUGCUUGCUGCUUUCCAGCAGCUGGCACAAGCCUGGCAGCAGACUUGGUCUCAGCAACUCAGACAUCUGGGGUGGGAAUAAAGCAGUAUGGAACCUCA